ACGGCCUUCACGCGGCGAGCUGUAACUUCCGUAAGACAUAUUAUGACACAAGGUGUUUUGGUAUAGUAAUCAUUUUUAGAAGCCAAUAUAUACUUUAAAACAAGUGAUUGAAGCCGCUCCAAGUCCUGUGCCUGCAAAUUGUAACUGAAGCAAAGAGAUGGGAGCGAGGAAUUCUAAGUUGUCAGGUUCCAGUGUAAACACAACUAACUUUGUUAGAUUAUUUGUAGUGAUUCAGAUAGAGAUUUCAAACUUUCUUCGGGAAUUGCUUGUUGUGAAAGAACCACAUCUUUCUCUAAAUGGGGAUAUUCGGAAAAACGUUUACCUGAAUAAUACAUUGAAAUCAUUUGAAUGGAGUGUCAUAGCAACUGUCCACACGAAACAGUAUGCUGAUUUUGAUAUUCCUCUUAUGUACAAGAUAAUAAGAAAUUUGAAAUUAGUUCCACCACCAACACAAGGCUGGGACAAACAAAUUCCACCAACUUCGACAGAAAUUACAAUUGGAGAUAAUAUAGAACGAAUUAGACGUUGCCGGAAUGAUAUUAUGCAUAGUGGGAAUACAAAUAUCUCAGACGUAGAACUAGCAAAUGUGUUCUCACUUUUUAUGGACAUUGCACGUAGACUGGAAGUAUACCUAAAUAAACCGAACAGAGAAUAUGUUUCAGCAAUAGAACACGCUAAAACUUGCUGCCUAGAUCCGGAAACAGAACAAAUGUACCUUCGACAAUUGGAAGAUCUUUUUGAAAGAGAGACAAUAAUGGCAUCAAAUAUAUCAGCAGUCAGUCAUAGUGUUGAUGAGAUGCGUAGACAAAGUGAACUCAACUUAACUGGUCUGAGUCAUGUGAGUGCAAAAGUCACUACUUUACAAACUGAACAAGAAGAAACCAUCCCUAAGAAUAUAAGAGACCAAAUGACCAAAGAGAUAGAGGAGUGGAAAAUAAAAGACAACAAAUUUAUACCUACAAGAGUAAGCGCUUACGUUUCCAAUAUCUUGAAAAAAAAGAGCUCCGUGACAUUGACCGGCAGUCCAGGGGUUGGAAAAACAUUCCUUGCUCGACACAUCGCCCUUUAUUUCCAAUCAGAAGGAUAUAGGAUUAUCCUAGUUCUAACACCAACAGAUAUAAGGGACUAUUAUACACCCGGAAAACAAACUAUUUUUCUUGUAGAUGAUAUAUGUGGUAAAUUUAUUGCAAACCAAUCGCAGCUUGAGAAUUGGCAACAAAUGUUACCAAAAAUAGAACAAAUACUUGCAGACAACUGUUGCAAAAUUAUUGCAACUUGUAGAUUACAAGUCUAUAGGGAUGAUAAAAUAAGUUUAUUAGAGCCUUUUAAGAUAUGUGAAUGCAAUUUAAACUCAGACGAAAUGUGUCUUACACAAUCAGAGAAAACAAAAAUUAAAGAAAAGUACUUGGGUAACAAAAACUUAGAUGACAUUGCACAAGUAAGUGAUUUUUUCCCUCUUUUAUGUUCCCUGCAAUGGCUUCUUGAAAAAGAUGGAAUAGAUGUCAGCAACUUGUUCAAGAGUCCGUUCGAAUUUUAUAAAAAAGAAUUGGACAAUCUAAAUAGAUGUGGUGAUGAAGGCAAGAAAAAAAUAUGUAGUCUUGUUUUAUGUGUACUUUUCAAUAAUUGUCUGGAGAAAAAAUGGUUCGAAGGAAGAGUCACAGAUGCACAGCGCCAAAUUUUAGACGAUGUAUUUAUGGCUUGCCGGCUGAACACAGGUAUACCAAAGACUGAACUUAUGGAUGCAUUAGACACAUUAGAUGGUUCACUAGUUUGUAAAGGGAAUUUAACGUACAGUACCAUACAUGACAAAAUUUUUGAUUUUUUGGCUCAUUACUUCGGUGGAAAAAUGAUUCGAUGUUUGAUAGAUCAUUCUCAUCCCUAUUUCAUAUAUGAACGGUUUCAGUGGACAAAAUCGAUAAACCCUAGUACAAAUGAAUUCGCUAUAGAGCUAACUGAUGAAAACUUGCAUUGGUAUUUGGACAGAUUAGUGAAUGACUGGUCCAAAGGCAAAGUAUCAGUCGUAAUUUCCAACUCAAAUAUGAAUGAUGAAUCAUUUAGAAAUCAAUUCCUAUUUUACCUAAUGCAACUAGAAAAAAUACAACAAGAGAAACUGGCAAAUACACAGGAUACUCUUCAAAAAAAGGAGUGGGGUACUUCAGGAAGCUAUCCCAUAAUAUGUGCAUGUUUUGAAGGUUAUAUUGAUAUUGUUCAUUGGCUGUUAGGCAAUGCCGUGGAUGUGAAUCAAUGUAGAGAUGAUGGCAAUACUUCUCUCUAUAUGGCUUGUUAUAACGGUCACAAAAUAUCGUUUCCCUCUUGUUAAAGAAGAAUCAUUCUAUCAACGUGUGUAAUGAAAAAAGAGUUACUCCUCUUUUCAUUGCAUGUGAGAAAGGUUAUACCGAAAUAGUGGAAGCAUUAUUGGAACAUAAUGCCAAUGUCAAUAUUAAUAUGAA